CAGACUUGUUCUUUUUAGUGUACUUUCGAUGGUAGGGCUUUAUUUUGUAGACGAUUUCUAACUUGUUUAAUUUGGAGCCGUGUACUUUUUUUGUAAAAAAAAAAUGUAUGCGAACUUGUUGCCCGGCUUCUGAGCUAUUUUCUCAUUAUUUACCACCGAUUACAACUUGAGGUGCGUUUUCUGGAGUCAAAGGUCUUAUGGACACGCAUGCAGCGCAGCAGAGGACAGCGGGCAGCUAGCCGUGCCGUAGCCAGGUGUCUCCUCCCGCCGGACUCGACCCUUUCCAAAACUUGACUCUCGGUGACCUCCUCGGACCAUGGUGGAAAGACGUGCGCAGUCCUUUCACAUGACGUGCCACGUGCAGCGCGACUACGGCAGCCGGAUGGGCAGCUCCUUCAUCAGCUGCAGACCCAACGGCUAUGCCGGCACCAGCCUGGACCCGGAGAGCGACGCCGACCCCGCGGCCUCCGCGGCCGGCGGCGCGACCACGAGCUGCGCCCUCCGGGCUCCCGCGCCUGACCGAAUCUGCUUCUCUCCCGUUUCAAUGGAAGUCGACCCCGCCGAGGUGAAUAAUGGAUCGGGCUUUCCCCGCCGCCCCGCCGCGGACACACAGGCCGCGGACAGCCGGCCCUCCACGGCCACCGUCCCGCCGCCUCUCCCUCUCCCUCGGUCGAGCUGGAUGCGUCAUCAUCGGAAGGAGUUCCGGAGCCCGUACAUCAAGACGAGCACGCAGGGCGACGUGUAUAACUUCCUAGAGAGACCCGCCGGACUGAGAUGCUUCCUCUACCACUUCCUCGUCUUCAUCAUGGUCCUGGUGUGCCUCAUCUUCAGCGUCCUGUCCACCAUCGAGCAAUAUGCAGAGUUCGCCACAGGAACCCUCUUCUGGAUGGAGAUUGUGCUGGUGCUGUUCUUUGGCACAGAGUAUGCGGUCCGGCUGUGGUCGGCGGGCUGUCGCAGCAAAUAUGCCGGCAUCAAAGGACGCCUCUGCUUUAUCAGGAAGCCCAUAUCAAUCAUAGAUUUGAUAGUGGUCAUUGCAUCGAUCAUUGUGCUCGGCGUGGGUUCCAAUGGCCAAAUGUUUGCCACGUCUGCCAUCAGGGGCAUCCGUUUCCUCCAAAUCCUGCGCAUGCUGCAUGUGGAUCGGCAGGGAGGAACGUGGAGACUGCUGGGAUCUGUAGUCUUUAUUCAUCGGCAGGAGCUGAUCACCACCCUGUACAUCGGUUUCCUGGGCCUGAUCUUUUCGUCCUACUUUGUGUACUUGGCGGAGAAGGAUGCAGUGGACGAGGAGGGCAAGACGGGCUUCUCCAACUACGCCGAUGCCCUGUGGUGGGGCGUGGUGACUGUCACCACAAUCGGCUACGGAGACAAAAUUCCUCAAACGUGGGUCGGCAAGGCCAUUGCCUCCUGCUUCAGCGUCUUCGCCAUCUCCUUCUUCGCCCUGCCUGCUGGUAUCCUGGGCUCAGGGUUUGCCCUGAAAGUCCAACAGAAGCAGAGACAGAAGCACUUCAAUAGACAGAUCCCCGCUGCAGCCUGCCUCAUCCAGACACUCUGGAGGUGCUACGCAGCAGAGAAACCCUACGGCUGUGCUGCCACAUGGAGAAUGUACGUCCUCACCCCAGAGCCUGUCCCCACAGUGGAACCUGACAACUUCGGCCCUUACGUCAGGAAACUGAACAUAUCGAAAAAGGGGACGAAGAGGAGGUUGAGGCCCGGAGGGAGCAGCCCGAUGCGGGCGUCCUCGGAGAAGGCCGUAUCGAUCCCCCAGAUCACCUACGAUCACAUCGAUGACUCCCAGGAGAAGAGAGACGCCUCUUUCUCCCAGGAAGAUGCUGUUGAAGGCCAUUCUUGGUCGUCUCUGAGCUGCCCCGCCUCCCCAGUGAGGGGGAAUCACGACCACAGCACCUCCAUCGACAUCUCCCGCGCCAACAGCUUAACGGAUGAGCUGGACUACAUGACGGACAACAUCCCCCUGCCAGUGGUGAAAGCUCAGUUGUCCCACGCCCAGAGGUCGGCCGUAAAAGUCUUCCGCAGGAUGCAGUACUUUGUGGCCAGGACGAAAUUUCAGCAAUCGCGGAAGCCCUACGAUGUGCGAGACGUGAUCGAGCAAUAUUCCCAGGGUCACCUCAACAUGAUGAUCCGCAUCAAGGAGCUGCAGAGAAGACUCGACGGCACACUGGGGAAGCCGGGAAUGUUUCUUCCAGGAAAAGGAGAAGAUAAAGAAUACCCAACGAUUGGAGCGCGACUCAUCAGGCUAGAAGAUAAGGUCCACCAGAUGGACCGGAGCAUGAACUCGAUUCUGCGGAUCCUGGUGGAGCAGUUCCCGCCCAAGCCCAGGCUGACGUCCGCGCCCUCCGUCCGCAGGGUGACCAUCCAGAACCGCAAGGGGGCCAGCGUGGACGACGAGCUCUGAGGGCGGCAGAACUGGGACGGGGGCGUCGUCCGUCACCGAAGGAGAACGAAAGGACCAGCAUAGCCCCCCCCCCCCCCCCCCACAAAAAAAAAAUAUUGUAUCCAAAACCCUCUGUUCCAUUUGCAAUCCAACAUUUUUGACCACUGAGAAGAGAACAAGUUGCAAUUGACCGCUCGGCGCUGCAUUGCUAUUGGACGUGAGGCCAAGAGGAGCAGUGAGACCCCCUUUCUUUUUCAUCUGAUGAUCUUUUUGGGUCUUUUUUGCAGCAUCCUCUCAUUCAAGCAGCAACAGGCUACGCUCAUUUAUUCCUCAUAAUCCCUCUCAGUCAGAUGAUGUUGAUCCGUCACCGAGCUGCAUUCCUCUCCUCCAAAUAUUAUCCCAAAGCUUAGCUAACGCGGUAAUGAAGUCGUAAUGCAAUCAAAGCGCCCCCCCGGUUCCCCCCAAAAGACGGCGAGUCCAUUCCUCCGAUCCUUCUGAUUAUCUUGGCACCGUCGGCACGCCCAGAACACAACGGGGUUAUUUCCACAGCCACAUAUCCAUCAGGACCGAACUGCACUUUGUAGUGAUCGCAUAACGCGAGGAGGGAAGGGUCCGAUCAUCUGCUGGCUUCGCCAGGCGUCGGGGGAUCGGGAGGCCGGAGGAAGAGAAAUGGGAUCCAAAGAAAUGUGUCUGGGGGCUGAUUUACAGAUUUAUACCCAAACCGCCAUGACAGUUGCCGGUGCUGCGUUAAGUUAAGGCCCCACUUCUCUCUCUCUCUCUCCACCCUGCUUAAUAUCCUCUAUUACCCUCUUCUGAGGGGGGAUCACGUUGCUCACGUUGCUGUGUGCAAUUUGAAAUAAAUUCGCCCCAUUAAAGCUCUGAUUAUUUGUUUUUUUUCCUCCACUGAGCUAAUUAAGUGCUGAAUUCCCGGUAAGGGGAGAUUACUCACUGUGAGCCGCGAAUGAAAAGAAACACUGGAAAAUGUGCAGAAUUUAAACGGUGAAGCUUUCAGGGGCAGGCGCGCUAAUUCUGUGUGAAAGGUUUGGAAAUAUCCGGAAAUUAUAAGACAAUGCUCUCACUUGUUCAUAUAGUCCUAUUAUUAUGUAUCUGACGGGACGCGUGAAGUAGAAAAUAGAAAAUAACUCAACUAUGUAGCUCAGGCCUCCCAUAAGUACGGCACGCACACUCCCAAAGAGACGGAUGCACUACUAGUACAUAUUUCAUAUGUUUGCCGUGGUUGAAAAUUUAAAAAAUAGCUCUUAUUUAUCUCACAUUGAAUGACGUGGUUAUAUUUUAAAGGCACUCUAGUUGUGUGACUAUAGUCUCUCCUGUACAUUUUUUCUUUUCUUAUAAGAGUUGGAAAUAGAAACAUUGCCUUAUUGUACUGUAUUUAUUACCGCGUGGGAAGAUCAAGCUGGAACAUGUCUGCUUGUCGGAGCAAUAAGGAAGGCCGAGCGUUGUACAGAUGGAUGGAAAUUAUUAUUGCAAAUGACAUUGACGCACACCCUCUGCACUGUAGCUCUUCUGUAAAUAAUAAUUAAAAAUCUCCUGUCUGCUUU